AGGUAUCAGCCCGCGUCACUUAGAACCGAGCGUGCUGUUCCGAAAGCGUCUUUUCCUCUCUCUCGUUCACCCCAGCGCUUCUCUCCUGUGCAGGGGGGGCCUUUUCAGUUUUCACCAGAAAUAACCUUAACUUAUUGUUUUCUGUAGACUUGAAAUAUUACAAUUCUGGUUUUUAUUAUAUUUAAUUGUUUAGUUUAAUUGUUUCCUGUACCGGUCCUUCGGACUGUCAGUUUUUUGCUUCGAUAUAAAAGAGAGAAAUCGACUGAAGAAAGAAAUUCCAGAAGCUCCGGAAGUUUGCAAGUUUCAAGCUUUGUAAAUCGAGACAAGGCAGGACCCGCGGCCAAGGACAAAAGAUCGCGAAGAUCCCAGGCGACCCCUCCCAACCCAAAUAAUUUUUUUGGCCUGAUUGACCCGCUUCCCUAAGAAGAUCCCAGUAUGACCAAAGCUGAAACAGCCAAGCUGAACAGCACCAGAGAGGAGGAUUGCAGCAGCAGCGCCAGCAGCAACAACUUCAGCUAUAACUACCCCACCAAAUCAGCUGCGAUGAAGAGCCACUAUGGGGACAUGGAUCCAGAAAACCAAAACUUUUUACUUGAACCCAACCAAGGGAAGAAGAAAUAUGAAACUGAAUAUAAUCCAGGUACAACUUCCUUUGGAAUAUCGGUAUUUAACCUGAGCAAUGCUAUUGUGGGCAGUGGCAUCCUUGGACUUUCUUAUGCUAUGGCAAACACAGGAAUUGCCCUCUUUAUAAUUCUCUUAGUCUUCGUGUCAAUAUUUUCUCUAUAUUCUGUUCAUCUUCUUUUGAAGACUUCCAACGAAGGAGGAUCUUUAAUAUAUGAACAAUUGGGAAUGAAAGCAUUUGGCAUGCCUGGAAAAAUUGCAGCAUCUGUAUCAAUUACAAUGCAGAACAUUGGAGCUAUGUCAAGCUAUCUCUACAUCGUGAAAUAUGAGUUACCAUUGGUCAUCAAAACAUUUUUGAACAUUGAAGAGCAUUCAGGAGAAUGGUAUUGGUAUACUAAUGGCGAUUAUUUGGUUAUAUUGGUAUCCUUGGUGCUCAUUCUUCCUUUGUCAUUGUUAAAAACUUUAGGUUAUCUAGGCUACACCAGUGGAUUUUCCUUAUUGUGCAUGGUCUUCUUCCUUAUUGUGGUCAUUUGCAAGAAAUUUCAAAUUCCCUGUGGAGCAGAACUUGAUCUAAUUAACGCAACUGCGAACAUUACCAUGGAGCAAUUGUUGCUUGCAAAUGAAACAAAUAUUAAUGCAACUUACGAUUCCUGUGUACCAAAAUAUUUUAUCUUCAACUCAAAGACCGUCUAUGCUGUACCAAUCCUGACAUUUUCUUUUGUCUGUCAUCCUGCUAUUCUCCCUAUUUAUGAAGAACUGAAAUGCCGAAGCCGCAGAAGAAUGAUGAAAGUAUCCAAUGUUUCAUUUUUUGCCAUGUUCCUCAUGUAUCUUUUGGCUGCUCUCUUUGGAUACUUGACAUUUUAUGGAAAUGUGGAAGCCGAAUUGCUCCACACUUAUUCAAAAGUGCUUGGGACUGAUACUCUCCUUUUGGUUGUGCGCUUAGCAGUCUUGAUGGCAGUCAUUCUUACUGUUCCAGUUGUGGUUUUUCCAAUCCGCAGUUCCAUCACACAAUUACUGUGUACAGGCAAAGAAUUUAGUUGGGUGCGUCAUUGUAUUAUCACAGGAAUUAUUUUGGUAUGCACCAACAUUCUUGUCAUUUUUGUUCCUACAAUUCGAGACAUAUUUGGAUUCAUUGGUGCCUCUGCUGCUGCCAUGCUAAUCUUUAUACUUCCAUCAGCUUUCUACAUUAAACUUGUGAAAAAAGAAUCCAUGCAAUCCGUGCAAAAAAUCGGGGCUCUCCUGUUCCUGCUAAGUGGCAUAGUGGUGAUGAUUGGAAGUAUGACCUUAAUCAUUAUGGAUUGGAUCAACAAUUAACCUGAUUUAUUCAUUAGUCUUCAUUCUGCCAUCUUCUUGGAGAAAAAAAACUUCUGCCUAUGUUUGCAGCUCUGCUUCCUUUGAUGCUAGUACUUUUAACAGUAGAACAGAUGGAUUUUAAAGAAAGAAAAGCAAAAGAAACUAUUCUGCACAAGAGUAGAUACUAAUAUCAACUCAGCCGAGUAUUUGGCUGAGUGAAGUGACUUUUUAAAAAUUCCAUUCCAGGGAAUGGACAGCUCACUCUAUAAAAUUUUAUCAAGCCAUGUUUGGCUUUGGAUAUUGUUACUUGGGUUCUUUAUUAUUUACUUGAAUGUGCCUAAUGUGAGAAGUAAAUUAGUUUACAGCAGGUUUCUAAGCUAGCCAUUAAAAGCAAGGGGAAAAAACAAUUAUUAUUUUUAUACCAAAUAACUAUGGAUUCAAAAGCACUAUUUUGACUUUUAAGAAACCAUUUUAUAAGUUAGAGAUCCAAAUAAGGGUAAGAAGUCACUAUAUUGUUUAAUCAAUAACCUCAGUUCAAAAUGUUUGCCUGUCUACAGAGACAUAUUCGUAAAAUUAUAUUUUUUCAUCUCAAUAAGCUUAUUUUUUAAAAAUAUUAUAACUAAUAUUUAAUUGGCUAUCUUGAACUGACAUCUUACCAAAGCACAGUAAAUUGUUAGAUAAUGUUGAUGUUCCUAGCAAAAAAAUCUGGCUUUUUAGUAUAUAGAAUAUUCAGGUCAUUCUAUAGUUUACUGGAGAUAAAGUAUACAGAUAGUGUGGAAUUUUUCAGACAGUUUUCAUUUAUUAUUAAUAUUUUAUAUUAUGUUGCAUAAUUGAACCAGACCGUUACUUGUAACAAAAUUCUUUUCAUAAAAUAACUGGAUUUCUAGUGAUUAACUACACACACACAGACACACAAAUGAAUGGGUCUCAGUAUUAUUGGGACAGUAGGGUAGCAACCAUAGAUCAUGUAUAGCAGGGGUGGGUUCUGGCAGGCACUACUGCUGGUUCCCUCAUGUGCAUGCUGUGCGCACAGUGCAAUUAAAAUUGUUCUGUACAUGUACAGAAAUGAAAAGCAUGAUGGCGGCGCCUAUGACGCUGCCCAAAGAACCAGUUCAGGGGCGUAGCAAGCCUGGGUCGCUGCUGAUUCCAGUAGCCCAAGCCGCCACUACCGUUAGGCCAAACCUGUAGCAACCCACCACUGAUGUACAGUAGAUGUCCAGAACAUGAUUCUGCCCUGAUUAGACAACAAAUAUUACACAGAGUAUAAGCAUUCGUAGAACAUAUAAACUGGCACCUCUCUCUCCAGGGCUGGGCUUCAAAAAUUUUAGCAAGUUCUCUGCCUGGUUGCUGGGUUGGCAUGGCCAUGGUGGUCGUGGUCUAGUUGUCUCCUGUACCACAGCUGGGGCAGGCGUUUUUGCCCUCCCCCAGGCUCUGGAGGCUUGAGUCUUUGGGAAGGCGAAAAUGGCCUUCCCAGGCUCUGGAGGCCUAUUUUCUCCCUCCUUGAGCCUCCAUGUAUGCUCUGCACUUACCUGCAUCCAAAACAGGCACCAUGGGGACUCCUGGGGUAGGGUGAGGCCAGCCAGGAGUGGGAUUUGGAGGUUCUCCGAGCUGUAUGGGGAAUUCAUACAUACUUCCCAUUUCUAUAACAACCUAAAGAGAUAUUUAAUGAAUUUGUCAAUUGGGAAAAAGAGUAAACUCUUCUCUAUUAUUCUUUGUAAUAAUAAAUCUGUGUUGCAAGAUUUAUUUGCAACAUUUGCCAGAAGAAGAAUCAUGUUCCAGUUUGAUUACUACACAUAUUAAUUAUACUAUUUUAACCCCCAAGGUGUAAAGCUGUGAUGGUGAAUCUAUAGCACGCGUGCCAGUGAUGGCACUCAGAGUUCUCUCUGUGGGCACGCUUACCAUUGCCAGCUGUUAUUUUGGUUUCCGGGACAUGCAUGUGUCCCAGCCAGCUGGUUUUCGAGCACGCCCGAACACCAGUGCAGUGAAAACCCGAAGACCAGCUGGUCUUCGAGUUUCUGUUGCUCUGGCAUGUGCAUACAUUCUGGUUUCGGCCCAGUGCCGAAAAGGUUUGCCACCACCGGGCAGUUCAAAUCAUUUGCAAGAUCAAACUUCUGUAACUACUCCUGAGUACCACUAAGUAUCUUGUUUGCUAACA